AUGGCCAACAACAUUGUGGUUCUGGGUGCUGGUGUCUCCGGUUUGACAACUGCGUAUCUGCUGUCACAGGACCCAAAGAACAAAGUCACCGUGCUAGCAAAGCAUAUGCCCGGCGACUAUGAUAUCGAAUAUGCAUCCCCUUGGGCCGGUGCCAACUAUAUGCCAGUCGGGAAGGAAGGCAGUGCCCACCAGGAAUGGGAGCGUGCCACCUGGCCAGCGUUGAAAGAGAUCACGGAGAAAUACCCGGAGGCCGGUAUCCACUUCCGAGGUACUUUGAUCUACAACCGAAAGAAGGAUCAGGAAUCAGCGACUGGACAGUGGUUCUCCGAGCUGGUCCAGCCCAACCCGUGGUAUAAGGAUGUUGUGCCCGAUUUCAAAGCUGUUCCAUCUGAACAACUAGCGCCUGGCAUCGACAACGCACAGGAAUUCACAUCCGUCUGCAUCAACACGGCCGUGUACUUGCCGUGGCUGGUCGGCCAGUGCGUCAAGAAUGGCGCCGUGUUCGAAAGAGCUGUCUUCAAGCAUAUCGCGGACGCAGCUGACGCGCACCACACCGGCAACAAAGCUGACGUGGUGAUCAAUUGCACGGGACUAUCAGCCAGAACACUCGGCGGCGUGCUCGACGAUAAGAUGUAUCCCGCACGCGGUCAGAUCGUCGUCGUCCGCAACGAUCCUGGGCCUAUGGUUUCAGCGUCUGGAACUGACGACGGAGAAGACGAGGCCCUGUAUAUCAUGACUCGCGCCGCAGGCGGCGGCACUAUUCUCGGCGGAUCUUAUCAAAAGUACAACUGGGAUGCACUCCCGGAUAUGAAUCUUGCCAAUCGAAUCAUGAAACGCUGCAUUGCUAUUUGUCCCAGCCUGGUUAAGCCGGGACAAGGAAUUGAGGGGCUGGAUAUCAUUCGCCAUGGUGUUGGCUUGCGACCUCUGAGAGAUGGCGGCACUCGUAUUGAGAAGGAUAAGGUGGAUGGUGUGGAUAUUGUGCAUAACUACGGCCAUGGAGGAUUUGGUUACCAAGCCUCGUUUGGCUGUGCAUAUGCUGCGGUGUCUCUUGUCAAGGAAGUUCUGCAGAAGAAAUCCCGUGCCAAGCUAUGA